AUGGAGAAGAGCUCGGGCAGUAAAAUAUCUACUCAGCUGGUUUCCUGGUUGCGACUGGCAGAAAAAGACAAAGCGUACAAGAAAAGGGCGAAGGCGAUGACGGAUAUCCUGUACGCAUUUGUUGAACAACAACUUGCGCGGCAGAAGCAUAUACCCUCGUAUGUAUCGAGACUUCCGAAGCGAGACCAGGUGGAACCGGGCUCGGAGGAGAAAUUGGUGGCGAAGGGGCCCGCCCAAUCUAUCUACGGUGGAGGAGCUGAAACGAAGAAGGCACAGGAGGAAAUCGACCGCGUUGUGGGAACCGAUCGUCUACCGGAUAUAUCCGAUUGUAACAAAAUCCCAUAUAUCAAUGUGGUGGUGAAGGAGGUCCUCCGAUGGCACUCAGUUACUCCUAUGGGGGUGGCCCAUGCGUCAAGUAAGGAAGAUAUAUACCACAGCUACCUUAUUCCUAAGGAGGCGAUCUUGGUCCCCAAUAGCUUCAUUCGACCUGAGUAUUCAGGUCCGUAG